UGAAAACUCGAAGAGGGUGGUUUAUAAUUGCAAGGCCACUAUAAUCUUUUGGGUGGUUUUCGCGAAUGGUUGGCAAUGCUUACCAUGGUGCUCACCAAAAUAAUAUCACCAGUUGCAGUUUUUCUAAUUGCGGUCGAUUCUUCGCCUUUGUUGAUCAGCCACAGAUUGUCUUGGGUUACUGUGUAAAUGACAUACUAUCAACGUGCUUGGAUGAAAAUAAUUUCAAACCAUCUUUAUCAUCUCAUUGUCAAACAUCUAGUUUAUUGUCAGAUGAAAUUAUUAACAAUACAGAAUCAUUAAAUUUAUAUGCAAAUCUUACAGAUAGUAGUAAUAACUGGAAAAUAUUAACAUCAGAACUGUUACAUGGUGAUGCACUACCUGUAAAUAUGAAACCAAUAUUUCGUAUAAAAACUAACGGAGAUGUGAUUAGUAUGACUUUUGCCUCUGGGGAUAGUGCAUUUUGUCGAUUGCCCCAUCGUGCAAAUAAGCGUAGAUCGUCUAUUGUUCGUGAAUCACAAGUCUCAUUAUUACUGUUGGGUUUAGCUUCUGGUGUCAUUGAAGUUUAUAAUGUAUUUAGUCUAGUAUCAAGUUCUCCACAUAUCCCCAAAUAUGUCUUGACAGAUGAUUGUACCCUUGUAUAUCUCCUCUCAGCUGCUGUAGACGGAAGUCUUCGUGUUGGUUCCGUACAUCGUGGUGGUGAAGUGAGAUUAUGGGAUUUAUGGGAUGAUGGUAAUAUGUACGGGAAAUUACAACAUAAAUUCACUGUUCCAACAGAUCAACCAUGCAGUGAAAUUCAAGGUGAAGCAUGUACAUUUGCUUGGCAUCCAUGCGGCAGGCAUGUAUUCCUAGCUGGUGAAAGAGGCCAUGGUGUUGUACUCGAUGCUGAAUCUCCUUUUUCUCGAGUCGCCUACAUACGAUCUGGUCAUUAUCAUCGAAUAUCAGUUGCAAAAUUUUCAAAAGAUGGUAGUUUAUUAAUUACUGCCUCAUAUGAUUCAUGUUGUGCUGUAUGGUCUGUACCGGAAUAUCAAUGCUUACAUCGUUUCUGGCAUAUGGGACGUGAACCCAGUAUUCCUCUUCGUGGUGGAUCAAAUGGUCAUCAUAUAUACGGUUUAUCUCUGUCCCCAGAUGAUUUUUACUUUAUUACCGUUUGCGAAGAUAGAUGUAUUCGUUUAUGGCCAUUGGCUCCUGUCAAUUCUCCAUUGAAGAUCUAUUUCGAACUUGCACUCCAAACUCAUACUAAUCUUAAAUUUCGUAGCUUAGCUUUCAGCCCAUGUGGUCGUAUAGUUGCUGUUACUACGAAUAAUCACGAUGUACUUCUAUUUACAACACGAUCUGAAUCAAUUCGUCUUGGUACACAAUGUCUUCAUGCAAUCCGAAAAUGUGUUGUUGAAAAUCUUUUGAAGAAAACUAUGCAUCGCUCAAUUAAACAUCAAUAUCAUAAUAAUGAUUUGUCACUAACAACUAGCAAUAACAGUUACAAUACAUUAUUUCAAAAUUGCAUUUCACAAAUCCACUUACCAUCUCCAGUGAAAAAAGCAAUUUUAAGGAAUUUUGUAAAUUGAUAUUUAAUGUUAGGAAGACAGAAAAAAAAGAGAUGGAAAUAACAGUGAUUGUACUAUGGUGAUAUGUAUAUCCAACCAACCUCCUGAUUAGUAAUGUGAUAGCUUCUGGUUCCAGAAACCCUACUACCCUGAGACGUACUCAUUCAGAUUACAAGAUACACAAGCUCACAAAUAAUUACAGAAAUGACCAGACCUAGUGAAGUCAAGUGGCUGGACUACCAUCCAUUGGACAUCAUCAAAGAUCUGGGACCGUUCCGAAAUAACCAGAAACAAGCCCAAAGAAAUCAAUUGAUUUACACAAAUAGAUUGGAUUAGCUUGUAAGAUUUCCUCUUCAUUAUCUUCACCGUGACUUUCCAUUUAUCUGAGCUGUUUAGUAAGAUAGACUUGGAUGCUAUAGCGUCGUCUACUCCCAAUCCCUACUUGGGUUGGAUUAUGCUGGCAUUAGAAAUUAUGAAAAAUAGAAAUAGAAACCAUUAUUUACAGGCGUAAUAAAUAACAAAUACAGCUCCUCCAUUGCAAUUGGUUUUGAGGCAUUACUCUAACCACUGAUUAUGAUUGUGGUGUGGACCCCAAAUAAGUAGUCUACAUCUAUCAAUGGCUCCGUUCCAUCCAACGCACAACUUAGCUAGCAUCGAGGCAGGGUAUGAUUAGGCAUCAGUAAUAUAUGUUCCGACCACUCCAACCGAUAAGGGUUUACAGACUCAUCAACUGAUUUGCCAUCUUUACCAAGUACUACGUGUUUAACUUGAUACAAUUUUAUGCUUUGACUUAUCUUUCUGUAAAAUGGUUACCAUUAGAUAGUUGCCGAGCAGAUGGAUAUCAAUUAUUCAAAAUCCCGUUAUCAUGAAAUAACGAUCUCCGCUAAAUGGUAUCAACAUUAAGAUAACGUAACAUCGUUAGAAAAUGAAAUAAAUCUCAAUAUUUCGGAAUUUAUUACUGCCCAACGUAUUGUACAAUGAGUGAAUUAAACUUUUAAAACUUAUCACAAUAAAAUGUAAAUUUGUUAAAACAGUAGUGUUUAAAUAUACUCAAUCACAGAUAAAGAACAUGCUCUUCAGAAACUUCCGUAAUUUCAAAGUAAUGUAUGGUUUUAUAAACAUUCUCAUUUUCUGUAAAUAAACUAACCUUCAUGAUAAAGCUUCUUUUCAUACUUCCUGCUUAUUGUUAGGAAUUGAAGAGUUGAUCAUUUCUAAGACCUGAUGAGU